AUGGAGGAGAAACCUCACAAACCUCAUGUUCUAAUAGUUCCUUAUCCAGCUCAAGGCCACAUAAACCCUAUGCUUCAAUUCGCCAAACGCUUACUUCCCAAAGGAAUAAAAUCAACCUUAGCCACCACCGUCUCCACCUUCAAGCCCAUGCAGAUAAACCCAGCUAACUCAAUCGCCAUUGAAACAUUCUCCGAUGGCUUCGACGAAGGCGGCUACAGCCAAGCCGAGAGCCUCGAUGCUUAUGUAGAAUCUCUCAAGCGAGUUGGCUCAGAAACAUUGUCAAAGUUGAUUAAAAAGCUUGAUGAAAAUGGUCAGCCUGUUACUGCUGUUGUUUAUGAUGGGUUCAUGCCUUGGGCACUCGAUGUUGCUAAGGAGUUUGGGCUCCUUGGCGUCGUGUUUUUUACUCAAAGUUGUGCAGUGAACAAUAUUUAUUAUCAUGUUUAUAAAGGGCUCCUUCCUUUGCCACUCACGGAGACUACUGUCUCCAUUCCUGGAAUGCCAGUGCUUCAAGCUUCUGAGACGCCGUCGUUUAUAAAUGAUUUUGGAUCGUACCCGGGUUACUAUCAUACAGUUGUGAAUCAAUUCUCGAAUAUUGACGAAGCAGAUUGGGUGCUUUUUAACACUUUCUAUAAAUUAGAGGAAACGGUGGUGGACUGGCUGGCUAAGCAGUGGAAACUGGGGACGAUAGGGCCAACUCUUCCAUCAGUUUACUUAGACAAAAGACUUGAAGAUGAUAAAGACUAUGAAAUCACUCUAUUCAAGCCAAAAACUGACGCUUGCAUGACCUGGUUAAACGACAAACCUAAAAAUUCAGUCGUUUACGUUUCAUUCGGGAGCAUGGCGGAAGUCGAAGAGCAACAAGUUGAAGAGCUCGCAUGGGGAUUAAAAUCAAGCAAUUGCUUCUUCCUGUGGGUGGUGAGAAAGACAGAAGACAGAAAGCUACCAAAAAAGUUCAAAGAGGAAACAUCAGAGAAAGGAUUAGUGGUGAGCUGGUGCCCGCAAUUGGAGGUUUUAACGCAUGAAUCGAUCGGCUGUUUCGUUACGCAUUGUGGGUUGAAUUCGGUUCUUGAAGCUUUGAGCCUGGGGAUUCCGAUGGUGGCGAUGCCGCAAUGGACUGACCAACCCACGAAUGCGAAGUUUGUGAAAGAUGUUUGGAGGACAGGGAUCAGAGCUUGGAUCGAUGAGAGAGGGAUCGUGAGAAGAGAGGUGGUGGAGACUUGUAUUAAAGAAGUGAUGGAGGAAGAGAAGGGGAAAGAGAUGAAGAAGAACGCGAAAAUCUGGAAGAAUUUAGCCAGAGAGGCUGUUGAUGAAGGUGGAAGUUCUGAUAAAGCCAUUGACGAAUUUAUAGGUAAAAUUUUAUUAUGUCCAUGA